CGGGGAUGCGGCGGGCUCCGGGAGCGGGCUCGCGGCUCCCAGGGAACGUCUGAACGGCGAACGUUCCGCUCCCCCAACGAACUCCGUCCCAACGUUCAAUUAGGGAUGGAAAAAACUGACAUUGCCAGUGACACCUAGGUGAACACAUCAAAAAUAAAACUGACCUCCUGACUGGUUGGCGGAGCCCCAAAGAAGACCUUAAACAAUAUUAAGAUUUGUUGGAUCAUCUAACAAGUAUCAAGAAUCUCAAGAUUAAUGCAUGCUUGUGGAUGUGAAGUCUUGAAUGGGUGUUGUGAGGAGGAAUCAGAAUUAUGUGACCAGAGGAGAAAUUUUCUGCUUCUUAACUUUGAGGAAACUUGCCAACAAGUUAAUUGGCCUACCAUCUCACAUAAGAUGAAGUAUUUCUGCUUUCCUCGACCACAGUAAUCAGGGAGCAAAAUGAGUUCAAGCUGUGCUGACAGGGAUGACCACAGUAUUUUUGAUGGACUGUUGGAUGAAGGUGAUAAGGACAAAGCAAAAAGGGUGUCUAGAAACAAAUCUGAGAAGAAAAGACGAGAUCAGUUCAAUGUGUUAAUCAAAGAGCUUGGCUCCAUGCUACCAGGCAAUACUCGGAAAAUGGAUAAAUCAACAGUACUGCAGAAGACAAUUGACUUUUUACAGAAGCACAAAGAGAUCACAGCACAGUCAGAUGCUAGUGAAAUACACCAAGACUGGAAGCCUACGUUCCUUAUUAAUGAAGAAUUUACUCAGUUGAUGUUGGAGGCAUUGGAUGGUUUUUUUAUAGCAGUGACAACUGAUGGAAGCAUAAUACAUGUGUCAGAAAAUGUGACUCCUUUACUUGAACAUUUGCCAUCAGAUCUCCUGGAUCAAAAUCUUCUAAAUUUUCUGCCGGAAGUGGAACAUUCAACAGUUUAUAAAUUCCUCUCCUCUCAAAUAUUGGAAAGUGAUUCUUUGAUCCCAGAUUAUUUAAACUCAAACAAUCAGCUUGAAUUCUGUUGCCAUAUGCUGAGAGGAACAAUAGAUCCCAAAGAACCUCCUGUAUAUGAAUAUGUAAAAUUCAUAGGCAGUUUAAAGUCACUGAAUAACUUGCCUUGUUCUACACAAAAUGGAUUUGAACGGCCUCUAGAGUCAGCAUUUGAAGGAAGAAUUUGCUUUUUAGCAACGGUCAGAUUAGCUACACCACAGUUUGUUAAGGAAAUGUGCACAAUUGAAGAACCAAAUGAAGAAUUUACAUCAAGGCACAGCUUAGAGUGGAAAUUUCUGUUUCUUGAUCACAGGGCACCUCCAAUAAUUGGCUAUUUACCAUUUGAGGUGCUUGGAACAUCUGGCUACGAUUACUACCAUGUGGAUGACUUGGAAAAUUUAGCAAAAUGCCAUGAACACUUAAUGCAGUAUGGAAAAGGCAAGUCGUGCUACUACAGGUUUCUUACAAAAGGGCAACAAUGGAUGUGGCUUCAGACUCAUUAUUACAUUACUUAUCAUCAAUGGAACUCCAGGCCAGAAUUUAUAGUCUGUACUCAUACUGUUGUAAGCUAUGCAGAAGUACGAGCGGAGAGAAGAAGGGAACUUGGUAUAGAAGAGAUCCCAUCAGAAAUUAUGGCUGAUAAGGAUUCUGAAUAUGACACCAAGCUAAACACAGUCAGUCUCAAAGAGGCAUUGGAGCGAUUUGAUCACAACCAUACAACAUCUGCUUCCUCCAGGAGUUCAAGGAAGUCUUCAUCACAUACAGCAGUAUCUGAUGCAACCUCAACACUCUCAAAACAGCAAACUGAUGCAAGCACACCUCCACGACCAACAAUAACAGAUGGUCAUGAAGCAACACCCCAGAGAACGGCAUCACUGAGCAGUGAGUUCUCAGUGCAGCUAGGGGCUAUGCAACACCUAAAGGAGCAGUUGGAACAGAGGACACGUGUGCUGGAAGCAAAUAUUCAGCGGCAGCAAGAAGAAUUACACAAAAUCCAAGAGCAACUUCAUCUUGUCCAAGGUCAAGGACUCCAGAUGUUUUUGCAGCAACCAACAUCAAGUGUAAACUUUAAUUUGGUGCAGUUUGCAACAUCAAACUCUUCUGCCAUCCAGCAACCUACAUCGAUUACAUUGCAGGGGCAAGGUGUCCAGACCAAUCAGAUUCAACAUGCAGUCAAAACUGGUCCAAUUAGCACACAUCAUGCAAUGCAACAGCAAUCUCUUCUCAGAGAGCAAAGUUCAACUUCAGCACAGGUUCAGCCAAAUUUGCAAGCCAACUUCAGCCAGCAGAUCUCAAUUUCUGGUCAGGAUGCCCUGACAGCCUCCCUCUCUAACACUGUGAUGAUUUCCCAGCCUGCAACAGCAGAUGCUGGGCAGCUUUCUACUUUAUCCCAAAAUUCCAUACAAAGCUCUGCAAUUACUACUUUCACUCAGGAUAGGCUACUGCGAUUCCCUCAAGGCCAACAGUUUGUAACAAAGCUGGUAACUGCUCCAAUGGGAUGCAGUGCCGUUAUGGUUCCAACAACUAUGAUAAUGGGUCAGGUGGUGACAGCUUACCCCACCUUUGCCACUCAGCAACAAGCUCAGACAUGGUCAUUAACACGGGGCCAGCAAGAGCAACGCCAGAGACAGACAGCUCUUGGUCAGCCAGAGUCUCAGACACCGAUUCAACACUCUCCACAGUGGAUACAGGCACCUAGAUUGCUCCAGAGUAAUCAAUCAACUCAUAUUAUUCUGUCAACUGCUUUCCCUUUACAACAGAAUACUUUCACUCAUCAGCAUAGAACUGACAGUUUAUCAGAGCCUUCAAAAGCACAUCCCCAGUAGUUUGAUUUUUUUUUAAAAAUAAAUCUUAAUGACUGCAUUAAGGUUUCUAUGAAAUAAGACUUGCAACUUUAAAAUACUUAUGGAAAGGACAAAGUGUUCUAAAGACAGCUGCUAAUAUUGGAAGAAAGGUGGACUAUUCUAAACUUGGAAAAUACACCGUACUCACUACAGACUAUUCCAGUGUAUUACAGAACUAUCCUGGAGAAAAAAAAAUAUGCAUGGGUUUUUGUUGAGAAGUGCAGGCUCCAUAUUUGAUUUGAAAUCAGCAGUACUUGCUUCUUCAUUCUGUAAUGCUGCACUGCCAGGUAUUAACCAGUACAAACAAUUGGGAACUUUGGUUUUAAAAGAAUAUUUUUUUUUGGUUUGUAAUAACACAAGGUGCUUCCCUAGCUUGUAAAAUGUGCUACUUCAGCAGCAUACUGUUUGUUUCAGUUGUAAUUGGGGAAAUUGAAAGGUCAUUCGACUGUGAAAUACUUAAGAAUCAGAAUAUUUUAAGAAAGUUUUAUCAAUGCAUCCUUUAUUGUAUAGAUUCUGUAAAAUACAGUGUAAAUAACCAGGAAAAGGCAAGUAAUCUAUUUUAUGAUGCAUGCAAGUGUAAUCAGUGCAAGUUUAAAUAUUGUUUUAACUAUUAUUCUAAAGAUGUACAAACUAAUAUUUCUUUUAAUUUGUUCACAAAACACAUGGGAUCUUAUUUUUCUAAGUGCUAACAUGUCACAAGUUGUUUACCCUCUGCUUUAUGGGAUUAAAAUGGGUUUAAAUUAUGUCAAAUUUGAUAAUCUGAUUUAUUGCAAAGGUGCUCAAAUAGGUGUCUAAGACAAUGUUUUAAAUUAUUUAUCCUGGUUUUAUGACCAGAACUUGCUUGAAAUCUGAUGAGCUUAAUUUCUUUCUCAUUCAACUUCAGUUCCAAUUAGUUACAGCUGAAUUGGGUAAGACUACUGUUGCA